GCUGGGACUGUAGGCUAUAUCUUCUAGUUUUAAUCUGUGAUUGUUUGAUCCAGCCACAGGCCUUGUUGCAGAGUUGAACAUGCCAUCCCUGCAGAUAGUCUGUCUUGGUUUGGGUUCAAUGUGGAAGCUGGAGGAGGGGGUAUGCUGACCAGAUCUAGUCAUGAAGGAGGCCACUCAGUAGCAUGUAAGUUUCAAGUCUGACAGCAUGCUCUCCAGGAAGUUGAGGGGCAUAGAAAGUUUGAGAACCCCUGCUCUGUAGUAUGUUAUCCAUCCUCAGCUAUGGCACGUAUCCUGUUUGUGCACAUCUUCAUUUUUCUUUUUUGCUGCAAACUCUUCAAGCUCCCUGAAGAAGCCCAUGCCUGACACUCAAUAGAUGUUUAAAAUAUUCUUGCACAAAUUAAUGUUCCCUUUUGUAAAUUCCUUAGACUUGUUAUCUCUGAACUUAACCAAAUUGGAAGGUACUCGGGCAACGAUGAGAGCUUUCACCUUAACUGCAAUCAGCCAUUCAGUGCAGAAGCCAUCUUCAAAGAAAAGGCAGAGCCAAGGGAGUCAGGGUAGAGCACCAACCCUACACUGAAGCCCACAUUUGAAGAAAGGAACUGGGGCAGAGCUGUCAUGACUGCUGGUUUCCUCUUACUAGCACUUCUGUGUACCAUUUUUCUUUAUCCCUUUUUUCAUGUCACAAUGAGGUAUAAUUUGAGCUGCUUUUAUUGUUCCCUAAAGACUGGAUCAUUCUGUCCUCAGCCAGCAGAGCCACGUUCCUUAUGAGCACCACAGGUUUAUUUCAUUUUCCUACACCACUGACCCGAAUAUGCCCGGCGCCAUGGGGACUCCGGCUUUGGGAGAAGCUGAGGUUGUUAUCCCCAGGAAUAGCUGUCACUCCAGUCCAGAUGGCAGGCAAGAAGGACUAUCCUGCACUGCUUUCCCUAGAUGAGAAUGAACUCAAAGAGCAGUUUGUGAAAGGACACGGUCCAGGGGGCCAAGCAACCAACAAAACCAGCAACUGUGUGGUGCUAAAGCACAUCCCCUCAGGCAUCGUCGUAAAGGUAGGGGACAAAUGCCACUGAGGGGAGAGGCCCCACCUAAGGGUUCCACAGCCCCAGAGAUUUGUCCCAAGUGUGAAUGGGACCAGCUGAAGUGCACAGCUCAUUCUGGCGCGAGCCCCCUCUACCAGCUGGGCGGUAGAGGGCACUGCAGAUGUCAUCCCAUCCCUGAGCCUUUCUGCCUACAACAACCUGGGAAGCCUGCUUCCACGAUCUUUUGGAGCCAGGGUAUGGCGGCCAUCCUUGAAUCUGACAGGCAGCACUGGUGCUUGGCUGCCGCCCCGGAAGCAGCAAGCUGACAAAGCUAAGCAGUGGCUGAUAAAGGCAGGCGCCUGGGCAGUGUGGUUCUUUGAAAGCUACUCCCGCUGCAGGAUGGCUGCCAAGAUCUCCAGCAUUAUUGUGGGCUCCAAGUCCCUGAGGAGGCAGCAAGCAGGCCUGGGUUGUUGGCUAGCAGUCCCAGCCCUUAGCUGACCUGGCUGGUUAACAUUAGGGUGGCCACAUCCUCCAUGCCUCUCUGUCCCCCUUGGUAAAUGUCGGUAAUACCUCCCAGCCUGGCCAACAAGGUGAAACCCCAUGUCUACUGAAAAUACAAAAAUUAGCUGGGCAUGGUAGUAUGCGCCUGUAAUCCCAGCUACUCAGGAGGCUGACACAGGAGAAUUGCUUGAACCCAGGAGGCAGAGGUUGCAGUGAGCUGAGAUCACUCUACAGCACUCCAGCCUGGGCAACAGAGCAAGACUCCUUCUUAAAAAAAAAAAAAAAAAAAAGCCAAGCCUGGUCAGAGGGGCUCCCAGUCCAUCUGCCUCAUGACCACCAGAGAGCCCUGGAAGCAGCACAGAGAUAGCCAAGGCAGGCGUUUCGUGUAUAAAAAUACUGGUAGCAGAUACUUACAGGUCAUGGGAACGUGUGGGAGGAACUGUUCUAAGCAGCAUUAACUCUGCAAUCCCCAUAACCCCAUGUUCAUGAUUUCUAUCACAGUAGAGGUGUGGAAUCUGGGGCACAGAGAUGUUAAAUGACCUCCCCAAGGUCCUGCAACUUAGUAGUCAGUUCACACCAUACCCCAAGUCCACAUUCCUAACAGCUGCACUUCAUUGAGGGGUGGUUUUGUUUCGCCCAUUGCCCAGGCUGGAGUGCAAUGGUGUGAUCUCAGCU